UUUCUUGUUUAAUUCAUCAGCUGGCAGUAUUUCCCGUUCAGUGCUUUGUUGAUAUUGGAGUAGUACAUUUGAUUUCAGUGCUCGGUGAUCAGCAUCUCGUCAGGCUAUUACGUUCAUUACAAAUCAAUUCUUUUGUUAUUCACCCCGUCAAUAUGACCUAGAAUUAUGCUAGUUUGUUAUCAGGGUUAUCAGCGAACGAUGAUGACGUCGAUUGUUUUCUGGAUAUUAGAAUAGUUGAAACAGUUUCAUUUAUGGUACGAUCUAUCGUAUUUAGUGAGUUUUUCGUAAUUAUCGAAAAUUAAACCAAGCGCCAUGGAACAUGGAACCAGUAUUAUUGAGAGGCCCCUUCUGCAGACAGAUGAAGAAGAUGAUAGCGGAGUAUCCUUCGUUGUCGACAGCAGUUAUGCGGGCUCAAUUAAUGCUGGUACGGCGACUAACAUUCCUUCUACGACGACAAUUGGAGUGAAAAGCACUACCAGAAACAAAAGAGCGGAAGAUGGCAGCCUACGGAUCGCCCCGGUGGAUAAGUAUAACUUUACUUACGCAGUAUUUUAUUUACUCGGAAUGACUACUUUGCUGCCUUGGAACUUUUUCGUUACUGCCGAAGAUUACUGGCAAAAUAAAUUCCGCAACAUAUCAAGCAACGACACGACGGCUCUUACGCCUCGACAGCUCGAAUUUCAGUCAGAUCUCAGCAUAGCAGCAUCGGUGCCAAGCACGUUGUUUUUGAUAUUGAAUGCUUGCUUCGGUCAUCGUAUUCCGCUGGUCGUUCGAAUGGCCGGUUCGCUUGUCAUGAUGUUCCUGAUCUUCAUCUGGACAACGACGCUUACUCAAGUCGACACGGACAAAUGGCAGGAUACGUUCUUUCUUAUCACCCUCAUAUCGGUGAUUGUUGUUAACGCAUUUUCUGCCAUCAUGUCUGGAGCCUUAUUCGGCAUUGCCGGCCAAUUCAGCUCCGAAUACAUGUCGGCAGUUGUCAGUGGACAGUCGCUGGGAGGAAUAUUCACUGCUGCCGUCGAUAUUCUUGCUCUUUCGUUCGGUGCACCGCCGACGACAACGGCUUUUGUCUUCUUUAUCAUCGGUACCCUGGUACUGUUGCUUUCGCUGGUGCUCUACAUCGUGAUGUCCAAGACGUUGUUCUUCAAAUAUUACACAUCAUCGCGGACGCUAAUGAAAAACUCACUGGACGUGCACGAAAUGUCCCGAGAGUUGCUAACCCGACAGAAUCCAACCUUUUUCGGAGUGUUUCGAAAAAUAUGGCUGUUUGGGUUUGCCGAAUGGUUGGUGUUUGUUACGACUCUAUCCAUCUAUCCUGCAGUGACGAUUUUGGUUGGAUCCCAGAAUCAGAAUCAUCCGUGGCACGAUGUGUACUUCAUGCCGGUCGUAAACUACCUACUGUUCAACACCGGGGAUUACAUUGGCAGAGUGUGUGCUGGAGUUCUCGAAUGGCCCGCACACAGUCCGUUUUUGAUAAGCAUCUUGUCCAUAGCUCGCAUCGGUUUUGUGCCAAUCAUGCUGCUUUGUAAUAUUCAACCACAUCACAAUUUCCCUGUCUUGAUCCACUCGGACUACAUUUUCAUUGCGCUAAUGGCAGCAUUUGCGCUUUCCAACGGAUACAUUACCAACAUUGCUUUGAUCGGUGCGCCGAAGGCCGUAGAUUCGCCGGAAAAGGAGCUGGCGUCUUCAAUGAUGGCUGCAUUCCUGGGAGUUGGACUUGCUUGCGGGUCCACAAUUAGCUUUAUGAUCAUUGGCAUGAUUAAGUAAAUUUGUUGCGAAAACAGGGUAAAUAUUAUUUAAAUACUGACGAAUCUGCGAUAUUGUUGUUAAGAUAUUAGUCUGGUAGUGGGAUAUAGUAACGAUACUUAUCGAUAAUCGUAAGUCAAACAAGGAAAAACCAUCAUACGACACCUAGACAAAUAUUUUGAUUCUCACAUCUUUAACUAGCCUAUUGACAUUAGCUAUGAGACGGUACCUAUGCUAUAAUAUACAUAAUCGAAUACAUGACAA